UAAUUAUAACGUAAAAAAUAAUUUGGAGCGUUUCUUUAUAAAGGGGUUUUCAAUAUAAGUGAAACGCAUAAGUAUACUUCUUGAAAAAAAUACUUCACUUAUUUGUUUUACUCUUGUUUUAAAGUAAACAAAUAUCACUUUGCAAUAGCUUUGUCUUUUUAGACACUAAUUGUAAGUACAUAUUGUGUUAUAUUUGAGUGUUACAAUGCGGGUGCUGUACAUAUUCCUGUUAUCGGUUUUCAUCGGGAGCGUUUUUGGAAGAGCAACUGAUCCUAAGGAACCAGAAUUUAAUAACUCAAAUGAAUCAGGUGAAGUAACAACUAAAUCAAACGAAUUAAAUGGAUCAAACGAAACACCUGAAUCAAAUGACUCUAAUAGUACUCCAACACCAAAUAAAAAAAGAUCAUCAAAUAAAGAAUCAACAAUAGAUGACACAGGCAAUAGUUUGACUACUGAAUGUAACAAUCAUCGAGGUCCAGAUUCUGAAGAGGAGAAAAAUCCAAAUAAAUCAAAUGAUAGAAAUAAUUUUGGCGAUAGAAUGUUUUCCGACAUGACCAACAUGCUUAGAAAGAUCGGAAGAAUUUAAGGCUUUUGUUAUGGAAUACGUUACCUUUAAAUAAAAUAAAAAAGAAAGUGAAGGACAAUUUCUUGUUAACAUCAUAAUUACCAUCUCGUUAACAAUCAUAAUGUUUUUAAAUUAUUAAACGCUUUAUCUGUGAAAGUACAUAUAACAUAAUCUUUACUAUUAUUAGACAAUUUGAAUAUACUUUCUUUUGAAUAUGUUUCUUUAAAUAUGCUAAAUUUUAAAUCAUAAUAAUAUUAUAUGUACUUUGCAGCUGUUAAAUAAAUAAUAUUAAACAGUUGUGAAUUUUAUUGUAAAGCUAUAUUUCGUAAAUUCCACACAAUUAUUCGCAAAUAACAGAAAAAUAUUAUACUGCAAGUGAGAAAUAAACAAACUAUAAAAUUUUGUGCAAA